CAAUUUUUUUCAAUGCCGGCUCGGAGAUCUUUAAUGAUCCACAGACAAUAAGAGGCCCCAUGACUCUAGGACUGAAAUGUAUCUGUUUACUUGUGUUCUUGUCUUCCAUUUAUGUGAUAGGAAUGUUUAUUUUUGCAAAAGGAUUUCUACUGAAGCGUGUUGUGAUAGAAAAGAACAGCACGUGUGCCGUAAACUUCGCUCAUCAAAGUGACCUACACGGGGAUGAAGGGUGCUGGAUGCACAGAAGCUACAAACGGGCGAUCAUUAUUGUCAUUGAUGCCAUGAAGUUUGAGUUCAUGCGCUAUGAUAACGGAUCUCUACACAAUAUUCCAUACAAAAAUAAAAUGUCUGUGAUAAACGAUUUAUUGACAACCAAACCUUUAAAUUCAAAGUUGUACAAAUUUUUGGCAGACCCUCCCACAACAACAUUACAGAGAUUAAAGGGACUAACAACCGGGAGUCUUCCCACAUUUGUUGAUGCUGGGGCUAAUUUUGCAAGUUCUGAAAUUACAGAGGAUAACUUCAUUGAUCAGCUGAUAAAACAGGGAAAGACAAUUAUAUUUAUGGGAGAUGAUACAUGGAUGGGACUUUACCCUGGGCGAUUCAGAAGAGCAUUUCCUUUCCCAUCGUUCAAUGUUAAGGAUCUACAUACAGUUGAUAAUGGAAUUCUGAGCAAUCUUCUACCACAACUACAGAAGCAAGACUGGGAUCUCACAAUUGCUCAUUUUCUGGGUGUGGAUCACUGUGGACAUAGAUACGGACCUGAUCACCCUGCCAUGGCAGAGAAACUUUCACAGAUGAAUCACAUGAUAAUAAAUGUGACAAAACAGAUAGCUUCUGAUACUGUGCUGUUUGUUUUUGGGGAUCAUGGAAUGACAAGAACAGGGGACCAUGGCGGGGACAGUCAAGAUGAACUGGAGGCUGGCCUAUUUAUCUACAGUCCCUCACAGCUAACAUCUGUACCUUAUUCUCCUGACAGAACAAUGACUGUAUCCCAGAAGGAUUUUGUUCCGACUAUCUCCCUCCUGCUAGGGGUCCCCAUACCCUUCUCCAGCCUGGGGCGGAUCAUUACUGACCUCUUUACUCAUUGCACAGGGUGGAAAACUGGAAGUAGUUCCAUAAAACAGUUAUUUCACAGUGUGAAGGCCCUGAGACUGAAUGCUCACCAGAUUAACACAUAUCUACAAGAAUACUUCCAGCAUUCCUCAGACUUCCCCAUCCAGACUUAUUACCAGCUAAAGAGUGUCCUAGAUACAGCGGAGACUGAGUUAAACAGUCUGCUGUCCGAGUUAGUCAGGGACGGAGAGAGUCCACUCAUGGAGGAGAAGCUGCAGAAUCUCAGGGAUAAAUAUAUGUUCUACAUUGAUGAAGUUGGAGGAACAGCCGAGGGGGUCUGGGCCCAGUUUGAUGUUAUGUCUAUGUGUAUUGGGGUGCUGACUUUGUUUCUAGCUCUGAGCGUUAAUGUUUACUUUAUAAAGAUCUCAUUUUGGUGGAAGAAGGAUAUCCCUGCCACAGUUCUCGUUGUGUUCCUUGUGUCCCUGGUUUACCUGGCAUUUGCUGUAUUUCAGUCAUUUUUUAUUGGUGAAAGUAACAGUGCAAUGAUGGUGUUUUUGAUGGGAAAUUGUCUCGUUUUUGGAGUUUCUUUGUUGAUUUUUAAUUUCAAGGGCAGUAAUCCACUUAUCCUGAAUAACAAAGAAAAUCCUCCACUAGGAUUUGAAUCUCUGGAGUUUGUUCUAGCAGUUUUUAUUACUUUUCUCACAUUUGUGACUUAUUUUUCCAAUAGCUUUGUUGUCAAUGAGGACUCCAUAACUCUGUACUUGCUUCAAUCCCUAUCAUGGGUUCUUUCAUUCUUCACAUUAAAACAUGUCGUACGAAUGUCUAGCAUUCCUGUAGAUCCAAAAACAAAAAAGCAGAAACCCUCCAGGAACUUUGAUAUCAUGAGAGUCUUGACCCACCCAGCCCUUGUCCUGAUUUUCCUUACCAUCUUUUGGAGCCUGUUUUUGAGACUUUCAGCUGCAUUUAGAGUUUGUCGAGAAGAACAGCAUCAGUGUGAAGCCUCCAUUUUCCUGCAGCCUCUUGGAAAUCUAAAUAGUCAGGAGGGGGUGAAGAAUUUCAGGUACUUCUUCACUCUGGUAUGUUUAUUUAUCAUGGUCUUUGUGAUUCAUCAGGUGAUGAAACAUUUUGGGAAUCUGAAUGGUUUCCCUCCCCCUGUGUUGGGGAUAACUUACCUUCUCCCCCUCUCUGCCUUGUUUUGCUCCCUUCACUGGGCAUUACAGGGACUCCCACAGAAAUCUAUGGACAAUCUUCCACCCUGGCAGCAGGUCCUCCUUCCCAGGGUUGUGUAUUUUUUGGUUACUUUGUUCCUUUUCCUUCUUAUCUAUGACCCUCUUUGUAUUUUUGUUGUGUUGAGAUCUAAAAGGCUAAUUAUGGAAGAUGAUAAACAGCUCAUACCCAAUAUAUACCAUCAGCUAAAAGAAAAUUUGGAAGAGAAGGGAGAUAAACCUCCAUUAGUUUAUGGACUGGCCACUUCUUUUACAGCAGCCACUGUUGCUAUGGUUACUCUUGCCCUGGUGCUUCUUGGCAUGUUGCUAGGUGAUGGACUGAUGCCAAGUUUGUUACUGGUCAUUUUUUCUGUGUAUUGCCAUUUGGAAAUCAUUACAAUCAGAGAAACAAUAAAUCUGCCUGUUUCUCUGUGGACCAGCCUAGUAUAUCUCUGUGUGCUAGCCUCAGUUUUCUUCUAUGCCACUGGUCACCAGGCAACCAUACCAACCAUUCGCUGGGAGUCAGCGUUUAUUGGUCUCCAUGGAGAUUUUACUAACAACGUUCUGCCAGCAAUACUCAUUCAUCUCAACACUUUUUCCUCUCAUGUGUUAGCAGCAGUUAUUUGCCCUUUAAUCCUAUUCUGGCCUAAAACAGGUGGACUGUUGACCCGAUGGGUCGUAGGGGUCAACAAGAAGGACAGCCCAGACUGGAUUGGAGAUUUCUGUUUCCAUGACAACAAGGAAAACUUCAGAAUGCUGAUAUUCAGAAUAUACUCCUAUGCCUUUCUAUAUCAGGGAUUUAAGGUUUUGGGAUCUGUCCUUGCCGCCUUUCUACAUAGAAGACACUUAAUGGUGUGGAAGAUAUUUGCUCCACGUUUUGUGUUUGAAGCAAUGACCAGUUUCACUGUCUAUGCUCUGUCUAUAGUGAUGUUUAUGUUUCUACUCCGUGUUGACUCAGCACUCACAAAAUGGAUGAAAAAUUUCUUAAAGAAAUAAAUGGUUGUUACAUUU